AUGGAAUACUCAAGCCGUCAUCAAGAGACCAACAACAACACAUUACCGAUCUACAAUCAUCAUCAGCCAAUCGUAUCCAACGCACAUCUUCAACAACAGGAUCAAGAACAAGAAGAACAAGAACACGAACCAGAAAACCAUCAGGACAACAACGAUGACCACGACGACGACAACGACGACGAGGAGGAGGAGGAGGAUGGACAGUAUCCCACUCCAAUGAACGACCCUUUUGCGGAGAUCGAAGACGGCUGGAGGAAGUCAAUCUCUGGCUCAGAUCAACAUCUUCAUCAAGUCCAACCCAAACUGAAAAACAACUUAAGACUCAACAAACCCCAGCAGCCUCACUCAAACGAUCAAGUACUCAAUCAACUCGGUCAUUUCUCAUUCUCAAACCAUAACGCUCAAACUGCCACUAAUAGUGCUGAUCUCAAGACCAUCCACUCCAAAUUACCAUCCCACCAUCAUCAGACCAACCCACCCCUAUCGAUGAACCUACUCAGCAUGAGAAGAGCCGAUCAACCCGGCCUCUUUCGUCCACCUACCUCAUCCUCAGCUUCCAAGACCUCCUUCUCAACUAACGAACUCUCUCUCGAUCAUUCAAUCGUCCCCCGUACUAGACUCUCCAGCUUCUCAACCGAACUCGAACCGAUCUCUGCUAGUCCAACCUCCCCAAACUCACCCUACUCACUCUCAACCGACCAUCAUCACAAUCCACAACAACAACAACAACAACAACAACAACAGCAACAGCACCAACAGCACCAACAACAACAACAACAACAACACCCACAACCACAGCACCACCACCACCAUUAUCAGCUUCCUACUUCCAAUCCACCUCGCUCCUCGCGUGCCUCUCUGCCUACCUCUCAAUGGCCCCCAGUCAACCAGUCCUCCUCCUCAUCAUCCUCAUUCUCCUCUUCUGAUGAUGGUCUCCUUCUCCGUCGAGCCUCUUCCUCCUCACUCGCCAGUGUAGCCAGCGUCUGCAGUUCGACUAACGGACUCAAGGCUCGUCGCGGUCUCACCAAGCCACUCUCAUUAUCACUCGCUGUCCCUCCAGCAAACCAUCAACACUCCAACGCAGCUCAAGCUCUAGCUACACCCCUCAGAUCCAGACAUGAUCCAAACACCAAAUCAUCCGCCUUCUCGCGCUCCUUACCCCCCUCUCCUCGACUAGGGGACCUCGGCCAAGCUCGUGCUCAAUUCGUCGGAAUGAAGGCUAACGUCACCGGCGGCCUCUCGAUGAAACGUCGCACUUCGAUCCCUCGCUUGUCACUAGGUGGGAUCAGCUCGAACGAUAACUCUCGAGCCUAUGAUCCCGUCCGCCUGAUUGGUAGGAAUAAUGAGAGCGUCAUGAACACACCCGUCCAACUUCACUUUGAUCCGGUUGCUGCUGGGGAAGGCAGACAAGAACUGAUGAGCUCGCAGGCUGGUGUUGGAGGCAAAGGACACAUCGAAGUCCCGAGCGAGUUGACUGAGACGUUCCCCUACGAGUAUGGACCCAAGGAGGUCUUACCUGACGUAUUCUUAGGAUCUGAGCAGAACGCUAGAGAUGGCCAUCUGCUCUCCAGUAUGGGCUUCGGUCUGAUCAUCAAUGUUGCUAAGGAAGUCGAAUGUCCAUGGGAACCAACCUCCUCACCGGCGCCGAUCGAACAAGCCUGGCCGAGUCCUCAGCCGAAGAAGAGGGGUCUAAUGGUCCGUCCGACGGCCUCGACGCCGAAUUUGAAGCGCUCCUUCGAAGGGAAGAUCCGGGUGAGUCUACCGGAACAGCCCUCGCAGGACUCUCCAGCUCGGACGGCCGUGUGCUCGUCGAGUCCCUUCCAGAUGAAACGCUUGGAUGCGGACCGGAAGACCUCUCGACCGUCGCUAGAUUACAUCAAGCUUCCUUGGUCCCAUGAUCAAGACGGACUGGCAGAAAUCUUCAGCUCAUCCGAGGUCUUCUCGCUCAUCGACCGCGCCCGCGAACGCAAACUUAAGACCCUCAUCCAUUGUCAAUGCGGCGUCAGUCGCUCGGCUACCUUCAUCAUCGGCUAUUGCAUGCGUGAGGCCGUCUUUCAUCCCGAUAAACUCGCGCUCUCCGGUCGCAUGCACGAUGCCUAUAGCUUCGUCAAAGAGAAAUCUCCCUGGGCUGGCCCUAACAUGGGGUUGAUUUAUCAGUUGAUUGAAUAUGAGAAAGUUUUGUUCAAGUCUCGACGAGAUAUUGUUGAAGAGGAAGAGGAGGAUGAAGAGGAAGACGAAGAAGAAGAAGCAGAAGGUGAAGAAGCAGGGCGAUCCACAAUGAACAUUAACGAUGGACUGAUGGCGGAAGAGUACCAGGGAGAAGGAGCCGAAGUCAGUGCAACGGAAGGUUCAGAAGAAGCGAAGCAGACAGGCGAGCGAAUGGAAUGUGUCGAAGGCGAGGUUGAGAUGAGGAGGCAGCAGAUAGAGAACGACGGCGAAGAUGAGGAUCCUGAUUCGGAGAUGGUCGACCUCGACCAUGAUCGCAACCACCCCACCCCGACGAGAGUUUACAGCCACAAUCCGCUCGACUCGCACCCGCCUCUCCCCACCACCUUCGCGCUUCCCCGGCUCUUCCUGUCUCCUCUUCCUGCCUCUAAUCCUCUCCCCGCUUCCGGUCCUGCCGCCGAUGAUUUGCCCGUUCAUAUCGAUGAUGUCGAGUGA